CAUAACACCCAGUGCAUUAUUACGUGUUUUUAAUCUCUCCCCGCCCGAGCGAGAGAUGACCAAAUGGACGGCUCUAGAACGAGUAGCGCAUACACACGAACGUUUGGCUGUUCUUGAUUUCAUCUGAUUAUAGGUUAAAUAACGAAUUACGAAAUGAUGACGCGCUCGCGUGCUCCGAAGUCAUUGUUGGCUGUUGAUUCGAGAGACUUUGAUUUAUAGUUUCAGCGGAGGACGACGAUGAAGAUGACAAAUGUAGCACACAAUGAAGAAUAAAAUGCCACAAUUCCGUAGGAAAAAAUCUACCAAAUCUUUUCCUGUCAAAGUUUGUACUCUAGAUGCCGAACUAGAAUUUAAUUUAGAGUGGCGGGCAACAGGAAGGGAUUUGUUUGAUUUAGUAUGUCGCACAAUUGGUCUUCGAGAAACAUGGUACUUUGGUCUUCAGUACGAAGACUCAAAAGGUUUCAUAUCAUGGUUAAAAUUAGACAAAAAAGUUCAAGAUCAAGGUAUUUCGCAACAGUCAACCACGCCAUUCAUGUUCCUAGCCAAAUUUUAUCCAGAAGAUGUGGCAGAAGAACUUGUACAAGAGGUGACGCAGCAUCUGUUUUAUCUCCAGGUUAAGCAGGCUAUUCUUUCUAUGGAUAUUUAUUGCCCACCAGAGGCUUCUGUAUUAUUAGCUUCUUAUGCUGUACAAGCAAAGUAUGGAGAUUAUGAUGAGGCAUCUUAUCAACCAGGAAUGCUCGCUAGUGAAGAUUUACUGCCACAGAGAGUUAUUGAUCAAUACCAAAUGACUCCUGAAAUGUGGGAGGAUAGAAUUAAAAUUUGGUAUGCUGAUCAUAAAACUAUGUCUAGAGAUGAGGCUGAAAUGGAGUAUCUAAAGGUUGCGCAGGAUUUGGAUAUGUAUGGUGUUAACUACUUUCCCAUAAGUAAUAAAAAGGAAACCAACCUUUGGCUUGGAGUAACUGCUUUGGGACUGAACAUUUACGAAAAGGAGAACAAGCUGACACCAAAGACGACAUUCGCAUGGUCGGAGAUCCGGCACAUAAGCUUCGACGACAAAAAAUUUAUCAUCAAGCCGGUCGACAAAUCAUCGCCGAACUUUGUCUUCUUCUCGCAGAAAGUUCGCAUGAACAAAUUGGUAAAGAAAAAGUCUGAUGUUGGGCGCUGGGUGAAGGGUGGCUUACAGGUAGCUUUAGGUAUGGACGAGCGUAAUAGUGACAAGGCUACUCGCGCCUUAUUUGUUAAGAUUCUGGACCUGUGCAUCGGCAACCACGACCUGUUCAUGAGACGACGCAAGCCGGAUUCCAUGGAGGUGCAGCAAAUGAAGGCGCAGGCCAAGGAAGAAAAGUCUCGGCGACAAAUUGAAAGGAAUAAGCUUGCUCGAGAAAAACAACUCAGAGAAGCUGCAGAAAGAGAAAAAGCAGCAAUGGAACAAAGGCUCUUGCAAUACCAAGAAGAAAUAAGACUUGCUAAUGAAGCACUUAGACGUUCUGAAGAAACAGCCGAUUUAUUAGCAGAAAAGAGCCGCGUAGCUGAAGAAGAAGCUAUGCUUUUGAGUCAAAAGGCAUCUGAGGCAGAGCAAGAAAUCACUCGAAUCAGGUUAAAUAACAUGAAAACCGAAGAGGAGAAGGUCCAUUUAGAGCAAAAAACUAGAGAUGCGGUUCGUCUUACAGAAAUGUUAGUACAAGAGUCCGAGAAACGAGCCCUAGAGGAGAAAAAAUUAAAAGACGAGCUUUUGCGAGCUCGGAUAGCCGAAAAAGAGGCAAAAGAAAAAUUAUUAGAAUUUUUAAGCAGAAAUCAUUACACUUCAGCAAUAGCGCCUGUACCGAAUCUAUUUCCAUCCACACAGGUACUUCCUUCCGAUUUGCAAGCAGAUUUGCAAACGCUUCAACUGGACUCGGAACCCUUGUCAUCUGAAGUUAAUUGUUACGAUUUGAUCGUGGAUGGAGACGCUGAUCAGCUUUCUUUAGAAAUUGAAAAAGAAAGAAUCGAUUACUUGGAAAAGAGUAAACAUUUGCAAGAACAAUUACGGGAUCUUCGAACUGAAAUCGCAGUGCUGAAAGUUGGUGAAAAACAAUGUGAACUAGAUCAACUUCAUGAAGAACAGGUACGACUUGGGGAAAACAAGUAUAGUACACUGAAGAAAGUCAAGUCAGGCUCAACGAAAGCCAGAGUUGCCUUUUUUGAAGAGUUAUAGUUUUUUAAAAGUAUUCGGCGCUAUAAUGUUUAUAUAGCAUGCUUUAUAUGUUUCAUAAUAGUGACUACUCUGGAAAAUACAAUCAAUAGCUGUUUUGCUAUUCUGGCAAUUGUGAAAUUCUGUAUUAUACGUAUGAUGUAAUUAGAUAUAUUAAUGUAUCUGCAUAUCGUUUGGAAAGCAAGACGCAGUGACUUAGGCUGUGGUAUCCAUACGCAUAUGAAAUCGCACACUAUUUGAAAACUGCGAAAUAGAAAUUAACAUACUCAUAGUUAUUUUGAUAUAGAAGUUUAAGCUUUUUAUACUAACUAUCGGUUUAUCUAUUUUUAAUUUUUAAAACGGUUACAGUAGGUAGGUCGUUUUGGUAAGCGUAUUUAUUAGGGAGUUUAUGAGUCUAGUUCGCAAAAUUAGAGAUAACUCAUUUUUAGAUUGUUCAAUAAGUGCCUCGCGGCGUCUUAACAAUUCUCGUUUGACUGUGCCUUUUAAAAUUGUUAAAAUACGUAUAUAAAUUAUAAAUAUCUGUGCUCUAUAAAAGACGAAAUUUAUUCGUCUUAUAUAUACUUGUAUUUACCCUGACAAUAUAUUUUGUUAUACUUUGGAGAGAAUGACUGAGAUGAUAAGUAAUGUGAGUCCAUUAAAUGGUGGACAUAAUUAUGUUAAAAAAUAUCAAGUGCCUUACAUUAUAUCUUACAAAAGUCAAUUUUAAUCAAUAAAGCCUAUGAAUUAUAUA